AUGAAAAUGAAGUUCAUCACCACUGCUCUCAUCUUCGCUGCUACCGCCGUGGCUCUGCCUCAGUCUGGAAGCGACGGCAACAUCUUCCCUGUUAGCAACGGGAUGACCGUGGAGCAGGCUCAGGCUAAGUGUGGAAAUAAUUCCACGGUCAGCUGCUGCAAAAAGACAACCUACACCAAGGAUAUCACCACAAGCAACAACGGCCCACUUGCAGGAGUUCUGCAAUCUGCCCUGGGUGGAGGACCCGGUGGCGAUGGCCUCGGCCUUUUCGGCCAAUGCAAUGAUCUCAGCCUCAACAUUCCAGUUCUCAAUGUCGUCGGCGGUGGUGUCGAUCAGCUCAUAAAUCAGAAAUGCAAGCAGAACAUAGCUUGCUGCCAGAACACUGAAUCCAACGCCGACGGAGAUCUCAUUGGCGUCGCCAUUCCCUGUGUUGCCCUGGGAUCCCUUAUCUAA